GAAUUGCCCAAACCUAACACAAAUACGUAUAAAAUGGUGCAUUUAUUUCUUUUCAUUAUCAACGUUUCGCAGAUAUUCUUUAUGAAUACAAUUUCAUCAUCCAGUUCCUAGAUAUAUGGUUAUAAUUACAUUCUUGAUAAAACAUAGCCGACGCUAAUAAACAUUAAUGUUAAUUGGUGACAAUUGUAUACAUUAAUAACUGUCCAAUAAAUUGUGUUGUACCAAGAAAAGUUCAUGUGAUAAUGUAACUAAAGAAUAAUUUCUAUUCCCUCUAGAUUGAUGAAAGGCGGUAUAAGCAACUAAAACGCUCAUGUAUGCGUACAUGGUUCUAGAAGAACUAAGAAACGUGACCUAGAACCGCACGAAAUGACGGUUCUGGUGUCUGCUUACUCCUCAGGGUUAUGGAGAUCGCGGUCAGUUGUAUCCAGAUGGCGUACGGCAUAGUGUCAUUAAAAGAUAUAUCGCAAUUGAGACGAGUGUUUGGUAAACCCUGUUUUUCUGGACGUGACACAGAUAUCCACAUAAUGCACGUGCCAAAGGAAUGUCGAAAUAAGACUUACUGCACGGUAAUGCCCAAAUACUAUCCCCAAGAGCGAUUCAACAACAUGUUUAAAAACAAAACGGUAUUCCCGCAACCAUCUUUACGUGCAGUUGACGUAAAAUUAGACAACAGAUACGGGGAAAUCGAAUAUAAUGCCUGCGAAACUGAAAUAGAGGUAUGGGUGUGUCUGUUCUGCAUGGCGACAUCGCUCGCUGCGCCCGCACCGCGCGCUCCUCUCGAGCUCGACAUCAUCGAUAUGGCAGCCAUUAGCAGAAUGACACCACAGCAGCUGGAAGUAUUAGCAGAGGGGCUCGCAGCUGAAGAAAUUAUGAGGACAAAGCGAUCGUCUGCUCAAGCAUUAAGUGCGGUCGCGUCGAAAGCAGCAUCUGGUAUACAGAGCAAGCUAGGCCUACUAGGCCAGGCGUCCGCCGGAGCCGCGUCAUUUAUAUCCUCUGCCUCCAGUAAAUCAGAACACGGAGAGGGACAUGGCUAUUCCUAUGAACCGCACGAUGAAAAAGUUGACUACUGGGGUUUGAAGAAGUCAAUCUUGUACACUCUAUUCCAAGCAGUGAAAGCUAUAACAGGAGGAGUGACGAUACUAAAGGGUCAGCUGAUCAAAGGAGGAGGUGCAUUAGCCGCUAGUCUAGGCAGGGUGAUAUCAUCUAAAGGUGAUGUGGUCAGCAAUCUAGGAAAGAAGAUCGUUAGCUCUGCGGCUUUAAGUCACAAGAAACCAGCAGCGGUAGUAUACGGUGCUCCACCAACGGCCCACGUGGAGUACGGUCCACCGCCUAGCGCAUACGCCGCGCCCACCGCGCCCGCCCAUUACCCGCACACCUCUUCCGCCCUCGCAGCACCUACAGGGUUCGCAGCGCAUAAAUAUCCUUCGCACAUCGACGGACGAGGGAAGCUUGCCGGAGUGCACGCGGGCGUCGUGAUACUAGCGCCACUCGGCGACGCAGCGCACGGGGAAACGCAUCAACAUUCAGUCGGUCACACACCCUUAGAACCUCCUCCAUCCAUACUUAAUACAGUCUACACAGCUGUUAAAGACGUAUUCACAUCCGCUUCCCCGUCAUUACAAUCUUCAGAACCUCAGCAUCUAGCAAUACCUCCUCCACCUUUACCAGACUUUAAACCAAUGACUUGGGGCGCUGUAGACUCGUACGGUGAACCCGCAUCCACCGAUGCUUACUUAGAUUACGACCCAAGAAAUCCGCAACCACCUUUCGCUCAUGCCACUUCUAAACAUUCUAUAGUCCCGUCUUUAUACAAGAAGGAAGGUUUAACACCAGCUAAAAUCCAAAAGAUCAAUCGUAAUUUAAGUAAAUUAGCUGCAUAUAUGAACAAUAAUGUCCAAAGAUCGUUAGACGACGCUCCUCAGUUUAAUAAAGAUAGAUUUGAGGAGAUACUAAUGAAGACAGGGAAAGCUUUCCUACCGACUCCUACCUCUGACAAUGACGUCGGUGUCCUACCCGCCGAACUCCUCCCUGACUUAGAUCUGACUACGACUACCACGACUACAGCAAGAACAACGACUGACAGCGACGCUAACAGAAGAACAGACGUCAAAUUCUUCCUUCGUGGUAACAAGAUCGUUCAAGUUUGAACACGACUGACUAUUUUAGAGAUACCAUAUUACGGCGCGUCGCUCGGUGCAGAGCAAUUGCAGCAUUAUCACCUGUAGAUAGAGUUUAAAAUGUGAAUUUCGCAUAUCGAAAUGUUUUUUAAAUUCAGUCGAAAUGUUGCCCUAUCUUUGGGAAAAUUGUAAUUAUAGUUUUAAGAUACUUGAUGAAUGAUUUUGUACAUUUUUAAGAAUUUAUAUUGAAAGUAAU